CGCUCACUGGAGCGAGACCGUCGGGAUGGGCGGGUGAGCCACAGGGGUGUGUGUGUCUGAUUUAAGUACAGUGAAACAUUCCCGGGGUGACUUGGGUGUUCCGAUCCAACAGCGGUGCAGAGCUGGACCAAAAGUUCCCCAAACUUUUCAAAACAGACAGAGGAAGUGUAGCAAACGCGAGAAAGGAAGAAGUUUCACCGCAGAUCGGAUCCGGAGAAGAAUCCAAGCAGAGAAAAAAUGCCAGGUGAGAGGUUGACACUGAGAAGCACAUCUGAAAUUGGGCGUUUCCCUGGUGCAGCCCCGCCCACUAGGGUGCAGGUCACCAUUCACAACGAGAACGAGAAGCAGGAGGAGGGAGGCUGUCGCCGGUGGUUCAGGAAGAUCUGUCCGUGCUGCUGUAAACGCAAAAACAGCACAUCCUAUGAUGUCACAGAUAAGGUAGAACUGACCAAAGUCCCAGCACCAACCCCAGAGCCUACCAAACCCAAACCUGAGAAUGGAGAAAGGAAAGAGACUGAAGGAGUGGAGCUGUCAGUCUGCUCCGUGGACCUCCUAAGCUCUGGAUUGGGUCAGAAUAGAGUGGAGCAUCACACGGAUCAGUUUCAUGGGGAUGAGCUGAUCAUCCGCCGUGGACAGACCUUCCAGAUCGAGAUAGAGCUCAGCCGGCCUUUCAGUGCUGAAACUGACAAGAUGCACCUGGAGUUGAAAACAGGUUUCCUGCCCAAAGUGUCCAAAGGGACCCAUGUUAUCAUUCCGCUGGUGGAGCACCUGGAGGAUGAACGCUGGGAGGCCAAGAUCACGGAGCAGAACGGCACUAAGAUCAAGCUGUCUGUGAACUCUCCAGCCAACGCGGUUAUCGGCCUGUAUGGGCUCUCUGUGAUCACCGGGUCCCUGAAGGACGAGGCUCCGACCACUCACAGCUCCAGCAAGAACAUUGUCAUGCUGUUCAACCCUUGGUGUGAAGAGGACACCGUGUUCAUGGAUGACGACGAUCAGAGGAAGGAGUAUGUGCUGAACGACACGGGGAGGAUUUACUACGGAACAGAGAAGCAAAUUGGUGCUCGCACGUGGAACUUUGGGCAGUUUCAUGAGGGAAUCCUGGAAGCAUGUCUGUUUGUCCUGGAGAAAAGUGACAUGCCUCCAUCUGGGCGAGGUGACCCCGUCAAUGUGGUCAGAGUCAUUUCUGCUAUGAUAAAUGCUCAGGAUGAUUAUGGCGUUCUGGUUGGGAACUGGUCAGGGAAUUACUCUGAUGGCGUCUCUCCCGCGGCAUGGAGCAGCAGUGUGGAGAUCCUGAGAAAAUACCACUCCAGCGAAGGAAUCCCAGUGAGUUACGGGCAGUGCUGGGUCUUCUCAGGGGUCACCACGACAGUGCUGCGCUGUCUCGGCAUACCUGCUCGGAGUGUGACCAACUUUCAGUCUGCACAUGACACAGAUGUUUCCCUCACUACAGAUGUGUACUUUGAUGAGAAUCUGCAGCCAAUCGAUCACCUCAAUAGUGACUCUGUCUGGAACUUCCAUGUUUGGAAUGAUUGCUGGAUGGCCAGACCAGACUUGCCUCCUGGUCAUGGAGGGUGGCAGGCUGUUGACUCCACUCCCCAGGAGACGAGUCAGGGCAUUUUCUGCUGUGGCCCCGCCUCCGUCAGCGCUAUCCGCUCUGGUCAAGUUUACCUCAAACAUGACACGCCAUUCGUCUUUGCUGAGGUGAACAGUGAUAAGAUCUACUGGCAGAGGAAUCUAGACGGGACAUUCAGCCAGAUCUACAGCGAGAAGAAAGCUGUCGGCCACUGCAUCAGCACCAAAGCAGUCGGCUCGGAUGAACGAGAUGACAUCACACAGCUGUACAAACACCCAGAAGAUUCGGAGGAGGAACGCAUUGCCGUGGAGACCGCGAGUCGUUAUGGCAGCAAGCCAGAUGUGUACUCUGCUCCUGCAGCAGAGGACGUUCAAGUGGAGGUGAAGAUAGAUGGUGAGGGGCCCAGGAUGGGCAGUGACGCCAAGCUGAGCAUUGUGAUGAAGAACCUGAGCUCCAAGGCCCGGCGGGCGACUCUGCACAGCCAGGUGGCCGUCAUGCACUACACCGGUGUGCUGAAGAAUGCUAUCAAGAAGGAUCAGAUACCUGUGGAGCUGUUGCCCAAUGAAGAAAAGACUAUUGAGUGGGUCUUACCCUACCAGCAGUACCAGAACCAGCUAAUGGACCAGGCAGCGCUGAUGCUAACUCUGUGUGGGAGAGUCUCUGAGACCAAGCAGGUGUUAGCCAACCAGACAUCUUUCAGGCUCCGAACGCCUGACCUCAAGAUCCUGCCUCUGGGUGACGCUGUGGUUGGUAAAGAGAUGUCAGCCAAGAUCACCUUCACCAACCCGCUGCCACGCAUGCUAAAGGACGUGGUGUUUAGAGUGGAGGGUCUGGGUCUGCAGAAAGGCCAUGAAGUGGUCGUAGGUGAUGUUGGCGGCCACUCCACAGUGACACUGACGGAGCACUUCAUCCCCUCCCAGCCCGGACCCAGGAAGCUGGUCGCGUCCCUCGACUGUAAACAACUCACUCAAGUGCACGGAGUGGCUGACAUUACUGUUCUUGAGCAGUGAGAAGCUUCAGGAUUUAAGCUGGGAGAUUUUUGUGCUAACUUCCUGUACCGCAGUCAGAUGUUUCCUGAAGCAAAUCUAAUAAUCAACACCAUGGAAAGGUAACUGUCACAUUAUCAGUGUUAUUAUUUUUAUGUUGAUUGUACAAACACACCUCUGGCUUGCUAGGGUGAAGAUGCAACAAACUUAGUACACCAGUAUUCAGAUUGUUCUGACAAUAGUGCAAUUUAAAAAUGUAUACAAAGCAUGUCAAAGUGCAAAGUGAAGCUGUUUUUGUUCCAUUGUGUAAAUAGUGCUUUUGUAUUAUUCAUGGUAUUCUUUUAUUAGCAUGUAUUUAACGUGAAAAGUGUUGACAAAAUGGCUGGUGUGAACGGAUGGUUCUGAAAACAAUUUAGGAAAUCAAUCAAAAAGAUUUUUUUUAGGAAUAUCUAUUUAAACAUUUAAAGCUUACUCAUAUUUUUAGACUACUUCAUUAAAAAAAUCAUCUGCAUUGCCAGGCAGGAUCCAGUUUUGAGGUGAGAUGAAGUUAUGUGACGCCUAUUUCAAAAUAAAAGUCCCACAUUGGUGCACAGACAACAUUUGUGCAUUUGUACAAAUAAAGUGUUUCCCUCCUGAUGAUUUUUUGUUAAUAAACUGUGAAAUACUACACUGACAGCAGUUUUAUUAUUGCACAUUACAGAUAAUUAGCAAAUCUGAAUAAUUCAUUUAAGCUUUUACUGGUCGUUCCUUCAACUUCAGCACUAAUGUGAAAAAUCUACAUGUAACCAUCUUGUUUUAUUUAUCUAUAUUUGGGAUGCUAUUGCGUCAUCUGUGUUGUAUCACUAAUAAAACUCUGAAACUUG